GCCCGUGUCGAAUCUUGAACCCGUUCCACCACCAUCGUAAUACGUAUAUCAUAACCACAUGAACGUUCUCGUGCUGCCUCCAUAAUUGACAUGAAUCCAUUUCCGGGUGACUCUGGAAAAGUCAAUACAAUCCUACAUAAUCUGAGAGGAGAACAGUUCAGACACUCUCAGAAUAUCCAAGGGGCGCGCACCAGGGCCCGUCUCCGAACUGGGCUGACACACAACUCUCCAACACUGCCAUUCAAGCUACAUGACCAUGGCAUUGCUCCGACGGAAGAGAGCGCUGCAGAGACACCUCAGACAUGGUCAGGUCUGAAACCACCCAAGAGCUGGCGUAUGCCGGUCGAAGAAAGCACUGGCGUCACGCGAGCAAACUUGCUCUCGCUCGUACUGUCGAUGCCGUCACUUAACUCGGUGCCUUCGCUCACCCUCUUAUGUCUGAGACGAAUCGCUUCCAUGCCUACGGACGAUUUCGUAUGCGAUGUUUUACCGUUUGUUCCUCCCCAUUUGCGUCGCCAGCUACUUCGUGACACUGCAGUGCAGUGCCCUCUGCCCAAUUCCAAGCUUUAUGCUCUAUGCGAACCCGAAGGAACUGCAGAUGGAGAACUGAUAAUCAUUGGUCCUACCCAGUCGCUGCGCAACGGCUUCUUUCUACAGUCAUCUGGAAAAGAUGCGUCCAAGGAAAGCACGAAUCAGGUGGACUGGGAUGAAGAGGAUUGGAGUCCCAGUCCUUUGCACACAUUCAUUCUUCUCUCGAGCCCUUUAUCAACUUCCACUUUACUCACCCUUCCACCCACCAUAACGCAUAUGGCAUUGAUAAAUUUGCCCAACGCCUUGCCUCUGCAUCGCUUGCCUGGUAUUUGUCCAUUGCUCAUUGUAUUGGACUUGUCGUACAACGUAUGGCUGCACCCCUCAUCCAAAGAGGCAGCCAAGAUAUUAGAUCGUGUACAAUGGAGUCGCUGGACACAGUUAGGAAAGCUCGGGUUCAGGGAUUGCUACGUUUAUGAGGGUAUGCUAGCCAAACUAAGCCAAGGUAAGUGGGAUGAUGUAGAAGUCGUAUUAACCUAGUAUAGCUCCAUUCCAACCGUGC